CCCAACACCCGCCUGAAGCACAUCCUGUCGCUGUGGCAGGUCCUGGCAGCUCACAGGUCCAUGCUGUUGGUACAGAUGAACCAGGAUCCCUUCUGCCUGGUAGCCAAGGAGUUCCAAGUGCAGCUGGACGCAAGGGAGGCAAAAGCCCUGUCCUCUGCGUUGUCCAACACCAACCUCGACCUCUUCCUCAUUGAGCUUCACGAGAUGAUCACGGUGGAGCUCUCCAGAUUUGAUCCCAGAUAUGAGCUGAAGGAUGCCUUUGAGUGCUACCUGGAAGACAACCACGUCCCCACCACCUCUGUGGACGCCCUCACGGAUGCCCUGGACCCAGACAUUCCUGUCAAGAAGAUCCUCUCCGUCUGGAGGACGGCGGCGAAGACCAGCCAGGUCAAUGUAUCUGCGUACGGCCAGGAGAGGCCAGCCCGAGGCAGCCCUUAGCCCCCUUCUCCCAAUGACCUUGGCUGGUGGCUUGUCCCCACAGCCACAGAGGCAACAUCUCCCCCUAAUCCCAGUGCUGGGGGAGGACACAGGAGUUGCGUGGGGGCUCCUGGAGCAGCUUAAGCUUCUGAACCCCUAAAAUCCUGCUCACCUGCACCCACCACUGCUCCCACAAGGACCCCAAGCGUCCCCAUCCCUCCAACCCUGCUGAGCCAUGGGGGGAACCUGGAGACCAUCUCCGUGGACACCUCCCCAGCGCUUCUACCCCUGCUUUCACUUGGCCAACUCCGCCCCCCAGCAGCCCCAGGGGUGUCUGAGGAUCUGGACCCCCUCUACCACCCCCAUGUUGGCCAAGGGGUGCUUCUGCAAGUCCCAUGCUUGAUGGUGGUGGCCUUCAUCCUGCCCUCCUCACAUCAUUAAACACUCAAGGACCCAU